AUGCUCGUCUUGAUCUUCGACGCGGAGGUUCACAUAGAUGCGAGGCUGUUGGAGUCUUUGCGGGAUUUCUGCAGCCGAAGUUCGGGCGAUGGCCUCUCACUGGCAGAGCUUCAUCCGCUCAUCGUGCCGCAGUACGCCCAGGUCAUGGAGCAAGAGGAUGAGUAUCGGUUCGUUUACUACAACCACACCAACCACGCGCUGCGGCUCUCCAAUCAGGCGAGCAUCUCCAGGUCUCUACUGGGCGGGAGCCGCGUCGCCAGCGCCGGCCCUAAGCCUACGGAGAGGGCGUUUCUUGCACCACUGCGGGCAACUCUGGCAGAUCCAAAGAUGAAGUGCCGUGAGGUGUCUUGGAAAUCCGCCGACCGCGGCUGGGUGUGUGCAAAGAGGUGGUGCGACCGGGAGUUUUACUUGCUCCUGGACGGGACCAGCACAUCCCUGUCGCGCUGUCAAGACGAGUGCGCCAGGUUCGCUUCGAUUCAUUUCAGCAACAUCUUCAUGAUGUAG